GUCCCCCCAGACUUGUCAGUCAGCCAAAAUUUUAUUGAUUUUCAUGUUUUUUUUGUUUAAAAUUAUCAUGGAAAAGAGGGAAUUACCAACUAGACAUAAUUUUUUAACAGAGGCUGUAAAGAAUCUACUUGAACCAAGUAAACAUGAAGUAUUACACAAGUGAAUCUUUGAAGACUAAUGUUUGAUUUUUCGCUCAUUGUAGAAGUAACUUCACAGGAACCUUUGAUCGAUUCUAAUUCCAUUAUCAAAGUCACCUCUAAUCUCGAUAUCCUAAAGGAAUAUGAACAUUACCCAGCCCCCGUGGCGCAAACUCCCUUACUGAUUGAUCAUUUCCCUCAAGUCCAACGCAUUACACCCAUCGCAAAGAAAGCAAAACGACGAUCAUCAGACACAUCAGACACGUUGCUUUCAGACGACUAUUAUUUGAAACGACAUCGACGCCAUGAAAAGGAAGAAAAGACACAAAAGAAUCGCGAAAAAGAACGGUUGAAGCAUGGUUAUUAUCAACAAAAGCAAUUAGUCGAACGUAUCAAAACCAUGGAUAAAAGCUUAUUGCAAUCCAUUGUGUCGUCGAUACGUCAUCGCACCUUGCAUCAGCAAGAAGGUGAAGAUGACGAGGAAGAAGAGUAUUUGGAUGAUUUACAUUGUCGAUUGCUGAACGAUGCCCUUGAUCAUUUAAGACGUUAUGAACUGUUGGGUUUGAAUAAUAAUAAGCAAGAAGUAGACGACCAUGAGUGGCUGGAUCCUUCACCCGUACCUACUCCUACCACCAGUAGCACCAACACUAAAUUUCAGCAGGCUCUUCAGUCAGAAGCUGUCAAACAAAGAAGCAGACAACUAAAGUCCUUUUCAAACCAACCCAUCUUUGCUGGCGAUUCUUUAAAUCGUGGUGCUAGAAGGUCAACUCGUCAUGUCUUUGCAUUUGGCCAAAAGCUGCCUGAAUUUGACGUUGAAGAGUUUAGUUUACCUUAUUACAUUCUCGACUGGAAAAAUAAUAUAUGAAAAGCACGCAGUAGUCAAACCGUUGAUGAAAAGCCACUGCCGAAUCUAUGUAAUUAGGGCACCAAUUUUUUUAGGGUACGUUUCACACCGUGAAACAAGAUUUUUUUUUUCCUGCUUUAUAAUAAUAAUAAAAAAGACCUUAAUGUAAAAGGUUCCUUUUA